CUCAUAUGUAUUGUGCAAUUUCCGGAGUUGUUCCCGACGAACCGGUAGUGUCCAAGAAGAGUGGACACCUUUUUGAGAAACGACUUAUACUAAAGCACAUUCAAACGACAGGAAAGUGUCCUGUAUCUGGCGAAGACUUGACGGAAGACGAUUUGAUAGCUGUUCAGGAAAAUGUUGUUGUUCGACCAAGGACCUCGAGUGCAACUAGUAUACCAGGUUUGCUUUCGUUGUUUCAGAGCGAGUGGGAUUCUGUUGUGUCGGAACUGUACCAAUUAAAAAAACAGUUGCACGAUACCAAGCAACAAUUAGCACAAACGCUUUAUGAGAAUGAUGCUGCGAAGCGUGUUAUUGCUCGGCUAUUGAAAGAAAGAGAUGAAGCUUUGGAAGUAGCGAAACAGGGAACUGCAAAUACAGGAACAACGGCCAACGGUGCUUUGAAUAAUGAGGAAGCAGCUGAACAAGUCAACAAAGUCACUAAUACUGAGAAAGACUGUAGUAUGGAAGUUGAAGAUACAGGAGUUGAUCUACUUCCUCCUCAAGUUUUGGAGCAAUUUGACAAAACCUCACAAGAGCUUAUUGCUUAUCGAAAAAAUAGAAAAGUGUCACCUUCUCUACUUUCAAAAGAAAAACUGGAAUCUUUCAGAGAAGAGAAGCUUUUCAAAGUGCAUACCGGAAAGGAAAAGGAAAUCGUAGCACUUGCUCAGUCGCGGGAGGACUCCUGCUUAUUAUUUAGCGCCGGAAAAGACAAAACAGUUAAAUUCUUCACAUUAGAUACAGAAAAGACACUUACCAGUUUUUCUGCACAUAAGGCUCCGUUGACCGAUCUAGUCGUGCAUCCCAAUGAGAAUAUACUGAUUACUAGUAGUAUGGAUAAGACAGCAGUAGUUUGGCAUUGGGAAGAUGGCGACAAACCGAAACCGAAGGCUUUCAACACUGUGAAUAUUCAUGAAGGCGUUGUUACUCAAAUUUUUCUUCAUCCUUGUUUAUCUUAUUUUGGAACGGCCUCUGAAGAUUGUACUUGGGCGUUUCAUGACCUGGAAACUGGUGACUGUUUGAGUCGAACCACCAAAGGACCAACUGGCAUUGCAUCUAUUGCGAUUCAUCCGGAUGGUCUUAUUCUAGGAACUGGCUUCAACAGUGGUGAAUUGAAUAUUUGGGAUAUAAGAGAAAUGAAAGUGGCAUUAAGUCUUUGUGAAAGGUCUUCAUUUGAGGAUACUAGUAAGAUAUGUUCAUUGAGUUUUUCAGAAAACGGCUACCAUAUGGCGUCGAUGAACAAUAACCGCAUUGACUUGUGGGAUCUUCGUAAACCAGGCACUCCUGUAAGAAAUUGGAAUGUUGUUGAAGGUCGAAAGUGUUGUUUUGAUUCUUCGGGUGUGUAUCUUGGCUUACUUUGCGCACAUGAAAUGAAGAUUAUAGAAACCAAAAAAGGUGUAGAGUGCUUAAACAUUGUUUCCAGUCGUGAUCUAUCCUCGAAUGAUAGUUUGACAACAAUGUUAUUAUUGAAAGAUAUGGAACGCAUCAUACUUGGAGAUGUGAAAGGAUCCCUUCAUGUGUUGAGUAAUUCAAAUUCAUCGGCAGAAUAACUCCAAGUGCAAUGGAAUGAUAUUUGAA